AUGGUUGGGCGACAAGGGAGGGGGGGCCGGCGCGGCGGAGGUGUUCUUGAGUGGGGAUCUGUUUUGAUUCUCGAAGGUGGGCGUUGUGCGGUAGACAUGGUGUUCGUGCGGGCCCUGCACGCAUGGGCUGGGAUCUGCAGGUCGAUCUCUGUAGGGCGGCGGUCGACCGCUCAGCGUGUUUUGGUUUUGUGCGCGCAGGGAGCGAAAUUUGGACUGAGGAUCGAGUUUGCGGAGUGCUGGGAGCUGGCCAGCAAGAUCGAGGAGGCUGCGUAUGCACAGGCCGUGAGUGUGGAUGGGUCGCCAUUUCCUAUGACAUUUCGCCACGCUGCACGCCAGUGCUCUUCCAAUGUUUUGUUUGCGCUUGGCUAG